UUUUCAAGUAACACACACAUACAAUUAAAUUAUUGUGGUGAAGCGAUGUCGGCGUGCGGCGACGGCGGCGGCGGCGUAGGUUCGGCGGUGGCGGCGGCGUUGCAGUUCUUCGCGGCGUCGCAGUGUCUGGUGCGGGAGCCGUGGCUACCGGACGCUGCUGUUCACAACAGUUCCUCAUGGGACUUCAUCGUGGUCGGCGGUGGGACGGCGGGCGCGGCGCUGGCGGCGCGGCUGCCUGGCACCGUGCUGCUGCUCGAGGCUGGAGGGGAUCCACCGCAGGAGAGCAUAAUACCAGGAUUCCGCCACCACCUCAAAGGCAGUGAAUACGACUGGAACUUCACUUCCGUGGACGAUGCCCAGUCAAGCCAGGCGCUUGUUAACGGGCAGCAACUCCAACCCCGAGGCAAGAUGCUGGGCGGCAGCGGAUCUAUCAACGACAUGGUCUACGCCAGAGGCUUCCCUGCGGACUACGAAGAAUGGGCUGCCCUCGUAGGAGAAGAAUGGAACUGGACUAACGUCCUAAAAUACUUCAAGAAGACUGAACAUCUAACUGACGAAAGGAUCAUUAACGACCCUGAAUUAAUGAAGUAUCAUGGAAGGAAUGGAGAUAUAGAAAUCACUGGCUUGAAUGAGUCCACGUAUACGACUAAAAAGUUUCUGGAAGCAUUUGAAGAGUUGGGUUUUCCAAUGGUAAAGGAUAUGACCUAUCCAGAUUUGAUAGGAGCUGGAAGAUUCUCACACACCAUCAGAGACGGUCAAAGAGACAGUUCUUUAACAGCGAUGCUAAAUAAACAAUCAUGGAAUGAGAAUUUAAAAGUGGUCAAAAAUGCAUUGGUGACCAAGAUUUUGAUUGAAAAUGAUAAAGCUUACGGAGUAGAAGCACUUAUAAGUGGAGAUAGCUUCACCUUUUUAGUUGACAAAGAGGUUAUAAUUUCUGCAGGGACUUUUAAUACAGCCAAGCUAUUGAUGCUAUCUGGUUUAGGGCCGAAGGAGCAUUUGAGAGAGAUGGGGAUUGAGGUUAUAAAAGACUUGCCAGUGGGCGAUAAUCUCCACGAUCACGUGAUGGUGCUGACGUACCUGGCAGCUGACAAUGGAACAUGUUUCGAGGCAGAGUCUCAAAUGGAAUUGAUAAGGUAUCUGUACGAUCGAACGGGCUCUUACUCAAGAACCGACAGCAUGGGCGCGUAUAUAACAAACAAGGACGGGACAGUACCGGAAUUUGCGAUUUACCCGUCUUGUACCUCAGUAGGACAGAAUUUUUAUCAAAACUGUUUAAAUAUACUCGGGUUUCAACACAAAAUUUGCACUCAACUCCAAUCAGAGCUGGAAAGCAGUGAGCUAUUAGGAUUAGCUGUUGUUCUUUUGAAGCCGAAAUCUCGUGGUAAAGUGAGGUUAAAAUCCCCAGAUCCAUUAGAAGCUCCGUUGAUAUAUUCCGCCACUUUUAGCGACAUUGCUGACUUAGAUGGUUUUCCUAGCGCAUUGGAGACAGCGUGGUCGAUAGCAAACACUUCUUAUUUUAGAGCAAUGAACGCUCGGGUAGUCGAGUUAGAUAUUGACUAUUGUAACAAUAUAGGAACAGAAGAUCUCAAGUGUAAAGCUCAAGCGAUGGCGACGUCUGCAUGGCACGCCGUUGGAACCGCUGCGAUGGGGACUGUGUUGGAUAGAAAACUGAAGGUGAGAGGGGUGAAGGGGUUGAGGGUGGCUGAUGCUAGUGUGAUGCCGAAGGUGGUCAGAGGAAAUACUAAUGCUCCAGUUAUUAUGAUUGCGGAAAAGGCGGCUGACUUCAUCAAAGAAGAGUAUUUUGGAUUUUAAUUAAGGUCUGAAGACAAUUUAAUUUUAUAAUUUUUGACAUCGUUUAGUUUAACCUUAUUUCGUGUUUUACCUUAACCAGUUAGGGCCACUUGCGCGUGCCAGGAUUAGCCAACGAAAUCGGAGUUAACCGUUUAAAGCUACAGUUACCCAUACUGUUCAAUCCUGUAUAACCAGUUAACUUCAAGUUAGUGUCUAACCCUGUAACUGGAACGUGCAAGUGGCCCUUAUGGUCUUAAGGGUCUCCAGUCCUCAGUAAGCUCGGUUCUCCAUACAAACGUAUUUACACUCUCAUUUUAAAACGACUAGCUAGAUUGCUCUGAAUCUUUGUACUUACAAUAGGAAUUUUAUGUAAUUUUCGGUGGAAGUUUGCAUGGUAAUGUAUAUCAUAUAUUUUUUUUAGUUUUAUCGUUCUGUUAUUUUAGAAGUUACAGGCGGGGGGGACAUUUUACCACUUUGAAAGUGUCUCUCGCGCAAACUAUUCAGUUUAGAAAAAAAUGAUAUUAGAAACUUCAAUAUCAUUUUUGAAGACCUAUCCAUACCCCACACGUAUGGGUUUGAUGAAAAAUAUUUUUUAUAUGACGUAUAAAAAAAAACUACUUACUAGAUCUCGUUCAAACCAAUUUUCGGUGGAAGUUUGCAUGGUAAUGUAUAACAUAAACAGUGAAUUAAAAAAAAAUACAGCGAAUUAAAAAAAUUCAUACAAAACUUGUUUAUUGCUCUAUUCCGUUAGUUUUAUAAACUGGAGCUAUAUAAACUAAUUACAGGACUAGAUAUACCUCGUGUCAUUGUAUGUGCAAAGUUUCAUUACAAUACAACACGUAGUUUUAAAAUGAGAACGAAACUCCGUUUGUAAAAAAUUUGUUUUUGUUUUGUUUUUGUUUUGUAUUUUGUGAAAUUCGGCCGAACUUCCCGAGGACUCUUAAGAAUUUCAAACGCUAAAACUUGUA